UGUAGGCGUCCCCUGAGAUGCCUAUGAGAUAUACUUCCAUAUUGGCACCAACUGAGUAUUCUUCCCUGUAGUUGAAUCGAGUUUUUUCUUUUUUUAAAGCAAGUGAUCUACAGCUAAAACUUUGUAAAAGCUGUAAAAAUAUUUCGCACUUUACAUGUUGGUCUUCCUCUGACAGGAUUAACGAUAAGUUGCUGAGAUGAUCGACAGUCUGUUCCUGAUUAACCACUCAGGAGACAUUUUCCUGGAGAAACACUGGAAGAGUGUUAUCAGCCGGAGUGUUUGUGAUUACUUUUUCGAAGCUAAGGAAAAAGCAGUAGACCCAGAAAAUGUGGCCCCUGUCCUGCAGACCCCACACCACUAUCUCAUCAGUAUAUACAGGGACAAGAUCUUCUUCCUGUCUGCCAUCCAGACUGAAGUGCCUCCACUUUUUGUCAUCGAGUUCCUGCACAGAGUUGGAGAUACAUUCUUGGAUUACUUUGGAGAAUGUUCAGAAACUGUAAUCAAGGAUAAUGUAGUGAUUGUUUACGAGCUAUUGGAGGAGAUGCUCGACAACGGAUUUCCGCUCGCCACCGAGUCCAAUGUCCUCAAGGAGAUGAUAAAGCCUCCCAACAUUCUGCGGUCAGUCGUCAAUACACUAACAGGAGGUAGCAAUGUUGGAAACACUUUGCCAACAGGUCAGCUGUCUAAUGUUCCAUGGAGAAGGGCUGGUGUCAAGUACACAAACAAUGAGGCAUAUUUUGAUGUGAUCGAAGAAAUUGAUGCAAUUCUCGAUAAAUCAGGGACAACAGUAUUUGCAGAGAUCCAGGGGGUCAUUGAAGCUUGUGUGAGGCUUACCGGGAUGCCGGAUCUCACUUUGUCCUUCAUGAAUCCUCGUCUCCUGGAUGAUGUGAGCUUUCAUCCCUGCGUGAGGUUCAAACGCUGGGAGUCGGAACGGGUUUUGUCUUUCAUCCCUCCAGAUGGAAACUUCACUCUCAUGUCAUAUCAAGUCAGCUCUCAGAAUCUUGUUGCCAUCCCGGUGUAUGUAAAGCAGAACAUCAGUUUCUUGGAGGCUGGAUCUUGUGGUCGUCUGGAUAUCACCAUCGGGCCCAAGCAGACCAUGGGGAAAACGGUGGAGGGCUUGAUGGUCACAGUCCACAUGCCUAAAGCUGUGCUCACUGUUAACCUCACAGCCACACAGGGGACCCACACUUACGAUCUUGCCACUAAGGUGCUGGUCUGGGAUAUUGGAAAACUAAACCCCCAGAAGCUCCCAAAUUUACGAGGGAGUCUGAGUAUGCAGCCCGGGGCCCCAAAACCUGAAGAGAACCCCUCACUCAACAUUGACCUGAAGAUACAGCAGCUGGCCAUAUCAGGUCUGAAAGUGAGCCGUCUGGAUAUGUACGGGGAGAAGUACAAACCCUUUAAAGGGGUCAAAUACUUGACUAAAGCAGGAAAAUUUCAGGUGCGGACUUAAGGAACGAUCCAAGGUCAGCAAUCCAGUGCGGCAGAAUACAUCUGAUCUGAAACGCUCGCUCUGCUCUUGACUUAGCCUUUUCAGUACGUUAAGUAUCUGACAUUACUAAUGAAAAUUAUGCAGAUUAACAAUUAUUUAUCUCAUGUUAUAUGUAAUUUAUGUUUUUGUGGCCUGUAAAGGGAAGCCCUAACAAUCAAUGUGACCUUAUUGAACUGCUUAAAGUUUGUAUUCCGUUUGUUUGCUACAUUGCAUAGAUAACUUCUGACUAUUGCUUUACUCUUUUGUAAUUUAACCCUAAAUCUUGCCUAAGGGAAAUGUUGAUCUUUGAAAAAUGAGGAUUGAGAUGGACUGCCUUUUUGCUACACCUCCUGAUAUUUGACAAAAAUGCAGAGAAUCUUUUCAAACUUUGUAACGUAUAUCCAGUUUUGUAUCCAUUUAUUUAUUUUUUAAAAACCUAAUCUCGUAGAUGCAGCUCAGGAUGCUUUUGCACAAAUUCGCUUUCUUAACGUGGCCUUGGAGGAGCAGUUCAAGGCGCUCGGCACAAAACACACAAUUUAGGAGAACAUCAAGGUACAAAGUGUAGCUUAACCAAGAGUUGCUUUUAGUAAUUCAUGCUUUAUUUUUGUGUCAAAAAUCACGUUUUCUAAAGUUUUGCAUCCGUUUGAAUGCAGCUUUUCUAUUCUGCACAGCAUUUGCACAAUCAAAUAUCUUUGUGGAAAAUACUUUUUGAUCCUCUUGUAUGAAGUUGAAUAUAUAUUCCAAUUUAUAAGACUUCCUAUUAAAACUUUAUGCUAGUA